AUGAGAGAUGAGCUGAAACAUUGCGAGAGUCAUGAGCUGAAAUGCAUAUUCAAACACCCUGAAAUCAAUUCCAAAACAAUCAAAGAAUUUCCUAAGAACUGCAGAUCUGUAUGCGGAUUUUUGAAAAUAACAGAUAAAAGUGACGUCACUUAUUCUCAAUUGAAAAAGGCAUUCAAAUCAAUGUUAGAGAUUCGUGGAAGUCUGACUAUUGUGAAUACUAACUUCACUGAUAUCCGAUUUUUAUCGAUUGAUCCAAUUUUUGAUAUUUUGAAUUUCGAGUGUUAUGGAGACGGCAUUGUAAUCUCUAACAAUUCCUUCCUAACCGCUGAUAACGUCAUACGAGAUUUCUACAUCUUUCCCGGUACCAACAUCAAUGAAUGUCACUUCCGUAUAGAAAAUAAUGAGCAAUUUGAUGGAAGAUUUAUUUGUGAUUUUUAUCCAGAUCCUGUGGUCAACAUGACAGUCAGAAAUAAUUUGAAGGACUGUACUGAUAAAUAUCCUCCGACUACAACAGUAGCGGCCACUACUGUUGACUCAAAAGUCAUCCUAAACGGCUUGAAUAUUUCAGACUCCUCUUUUUACACAUUUGGUCUUGAAAUGUAUGAAGUGAUAGAUGGAACCAUUGAAAUUCAGAAUACCAAAUAUGAAGAUUUAUCCUUCCUGAGAAAGCUAACUAUGAUUACAGUUCAGAAUAUGACGUCAUCUGAAAUGUGUAAUAUUAAUAUUCAUGACAAUAAGGACAUGAAACGACUGAAUUUUCCGGUUUUGGAAGAUAUUGUGAAUACAGAAAUGGGACCUAUCACUAUAAAUUUGGAGAACAUGCACCCUGAUUUCUGUUUGACUCUCGACGAAAUUAUUAUGUUUAUGGAGCAGAACGUGUCAUUUAGAAAAAUAGAUGCUACGCUAUGUGAGCCUAUAACUACGGUGGAUCCGAGGAAACGAUGUACUUUUUACAACUUGACUUCAUUGGAAUCAGGUUGUCAAAUCAUUUUUGGAGAUAUUUUAAUAACUUAUGAAGAUGAAACUUUUGUUGAAAAGUUGACAGAAGUUGAGUUUUUGUUCGGAACGCUGAAAAUAGAAAAUGCAACAUUGGAAAUUAUGAAUUAUUUGUAUAAUUUAAAAUAUAUUGUAAACCUAAAAGAAUCCCAAUAUAUAAUCCAGUAUGUGUCGAAUAAAAACUUAGUAGCCGCACCUUUACCAAAUCUUGAUAACAUUGUAACCAGAAGCCAAACCAAAACAGUUUUCAUACAAAGUAACCCGAAUUACGCGGACUCGGUUCUCCCACGAGCCAUGAACGGGCCAGCGGACUGCUCAAUGAUGAUGGGGACCACAUUUAGGACAACUGUGAAUUAUGUUGGGGAGAAUUGUGUGGAGGAGAACUCAGGAAUAGUGGCGAGAUACAUGAUACCUGUGAUAUGUGUGUUGCUUGCUUGUUCAUUGGAGUUAUUCGCCCCCUCUCUUUAA